AAUCGAUCUGCCGUUGAAGCUUGCUUGGAAAAGGGGAAAAUUAUCGGCAGUAUCCUCGCGGAAUAUUCUCUGAUGCUGCAAUGAUGCAGGAGCGAGCGAGCCAUCAAUCGAAGCCGUUCGACCGAAGGCCUAUAAAUUCCGUCCUCUGCCCUUUCUUCUUCUACUUCUCCUUCUUCUGUAGAUCUCGCACCUUCUUUGCAGCGGUAUGGCGGCCGUUUCCAAGGUGCGAAUGCUGCUCGACGGCGUCUACGGGCAACGAUUCCUGAUCCGGAUCGGCUCGCCGGCGGCGCUGGUCUCUUCCAGGAAGCUGUCGGUGUGGGCGGAGUAUGACAAGAAGAAGAAGAAGAAGGAGGAGGAGGAGGCGGAGGCCGACAAGGUGAUGCGACGCAGCGUGCUGCAGAUGAACCUUGAUGUGCUGGGCUUUGCUAGCGACGCCAAGUCCGACAAGCGAAAAACCUCAGGUGACACCGGAAGGAAGGCGGCAGCGGCGGAUGCCUCGGCCGGCGAGGCUGACCGCGACUCUUGAUCGAGUCUUUGCCUUUAUAUGAAUAAAUAAAUACUAGUAGUGAGUGAGGUGGAGUGAGGGGCUGCCAUUGAAGUAAUAAAUGUUAUAUAAAGAAUUAUCUGUUUUUUGGUUUCUUUAAUGCUUGCUAAGCCAUAGUCAAUUAUUAUCAAUAAUUAAUUAGUUUAGAAAAAAAUC